AUGGAUGAAUCGGAUAAACGAGAUAAACCAAAAACACAAUUCAAAAGAUUAGAUAGAUCACGUCAUCAGUUCAAUCUAUACCAGCAGACACGCUCAACUGGCUCAGCUGGGACAUCACCGAUAUCAACGCCGACAUCAACGAGUAUACCCAAUAUAAAUGUAAAUAAAAGUAGAAAUAUUGGAAAUCUACACAACUCUCCAGCUAGUCCAUCUCCCAGCUCAUCAACAACCGCAGCUCAUCAACCAGUUUAUCAAUUUGAUCAGAAAUCACGUACUCCUUCAUUUACGAGUAAUUUCAGUGGAAUUAGUGGCAGUGGUGCUGCUCCUGGUGCUGCUUCUGCUCCUUACAAACGCACCCCUUACCGAGUGGGGUUCCAGCCUAAGGGCGUCGUUAGGGACAGAUUCCAUGACUUGGUCCGAGAGAGAGAUAAGCACAAGCGUGAUGAUAAGGAUAUCCUCAAUCACAGUCGUUUACUAAGACGUCUCGAUAAGCUUGUUGAGCUGCACAUCAAUCACAAGCGCAAGCAUGGCGACUCAUUUGGGUUACUCAGUGAUAUAAAACUUCGAGCUAACGAACAAAACAUCGUCAAUUGGGAGGAUGAUAAGUUGGUAGACUGGUGUCCAAUUGCACAUAUUCAGUUCAAUCCCUUCAAAUACCGCAAACAUCACUGCAGAUUGUGCGGUAGAGUCGUCAGCGCUGCGGAGGUGGCUAGAGAUGCACUGAAAAGCAAGGCUAGCUUCGAGAUGAAGAGAGAUGACUAUGGUAGAAUGAUGAAGCUGGAUGAUGAACAAGAACAAAAACAACAAACGGGAAUACGAGUUUGUUUGGAUUGCUGGAGAGUAGUUGAAAAACAAGAAAUGAAAAUAGUUAUACCACGAUAUAUGGGUGCAUAUGAGGAAGCAAUUGCUCUGGAAAAAGAGCUAGAGGUCAUCACAAGUAAUCGUACACUAAACACAAGCGUGGUUAUGGAGAAAAUUCAGCGGAUGGAAGAGUUAAUGAGAUCUUUCAAUGAACCCACGGCACUUUGCCGAGCGAUAACGACUCGGUUCAGGGGCAAAUUGGGCAAAUACACGGCGGCAGUGAGGAGUGAUUUGGAACAGUCUAGAAGAGUGAGAAGGUCAAGUGGUUUGAAUGACAGCGGCGAAUCGCGCGACAGACACCUCCAAGCGCUGUUCGUGCAGCAAUCGCAGUUACUCAAGCAGAUUGACUCUCUAAAAGAGGAGAGAAGGUUUGAGGAUUUGAGCACUUUACAAGAAAAUUUAGAAAUUGUAAAUAAAUUUAUCCAGGAAAAUUGA